GUGGCCCAUCUGCAAAUCGUAAUCGAGAAACCACCCCAACUCGGUGGAAUAUUGAUAACGUCAAUAGCACAUCGGUCCGUCGCCGACGUCCACCAUCCCGGAGAAAUGGCGAAAUUCUUUACUUUCACUGAUUGCAACUUCCGCCGCCCAAAUCCAACGAUCAUGGAUUUAUAAAUUUGUCGCGUUGUUCUUGGAAUUUCAUUGUUGUUGAUGUAUGAGGGUUUUGGAAAAUCCACACGAUUAACAGCCAUUUUUAGGAAGAAGGGGAGGUUUCGAUUCCGUAUUUGUGAUGGACGAGGUGAUCACAGCGGCUGAUGCGUCUUCUAGUCUUCGUUCUUACUCAUCUGAAUCGUCUGCUUUGCCGUCGAAUCUCCCUCUUCUUUCUGCUUUUCUGUCUCUGUUUAUCGCACAGUUUCUUAAAGUGUUUACGCAUUGGUUUAAAGAGAGGAAAUGGGAUACCAGAAGGAUGCUUAGCUCCGGUGGCAUGCCAUCAUCACAUUCCGCAACCGUUACAGCUCUUGCUGCGUGCAUAGGGUUACAAGAGGGCACUGGUUCAUCAUCAUUUGCCAUUGCAGUGGUUUUGGCAUGUGUUGUAAUGUAUGAUGCAACUGGUGUUAGACUUCAUGCGGGUCGUCAAGCGGAGUUAUUGAAUCAAAUUGUUUGUGAGCUGCCUCCAGAACAUCCACUUUCCAAUGUUAGACCGCUACGAGACUCACUUGGUCACACUCCAUUUCAGGUUGCAGCAGGUGCUGUGCUGGGAGUAGUGAUGGCAUUUCUCAUGGAAAUCUCAGCUUAACGGUUGGUUGACGCUAGUCGUGCUCGACUAAACUUUAGCAGGUUGAAGAAUCGUUUAGGAGAUAACAAGGUGUUAUUGAUUGCUCGAAAAUGGUCCCGUGGUUAUUCUAAAAUACGUUUAAAAAAGCUUCUGUAGACGACUAAUGUCGUUUGUAACGAUAUAUUCGUACCCAUUAUUCGUGUAUAAAUUAUUUAUCAUGUGAUGUCUCUCUUCUACACAAAAUGGUAAUGUUUAUGAUCUAUGACAGUGGGCUGCUAAAUCUUCCAUC